AUGGCCUGUAACAGCACACUCCUUGGGACAUACGAACAUCGGCUGCUGAAUGGGAGCGAAGAUUCGGACCCCGGGGCCACACCACUGUCCACACCGCUCAGGAUCUCGUUGGCAAUAACGAUGUUGCUAAUGAUCGUGGUAGGAUUCCUCGGCAACACGGUGGUCUGCAUCAUCGUGUAUCAGAGGCCGGCCAUGCGUUCAGCCAUCAACCUGCUGCUGGCCACCUUGGCCUUCUCUGACAUCAUGCUGUCCUUGUGCUGCAUGCCUUUCACCGCCAUCACCCUCAUCACUGUCCGCUGGCACUUCGGGGACCACUUUUGUAGGCUCUCAGCUACACUCUAUUGGUUUUUUGUCCUAGAGGGCGUGGCCAUCCUGCUCAUCAUUAGCGUAGACCGCUUUCUCAUCAUCGUGCAGCGACAGGACAAGCUGAACCCACGCAGGGCCAAGGUGAUCAUCGCAGCCUCCUGGGUGCUGUCUUUCUGCAUCUCUGCGCCCUCCUUCGUCGGCUGGACGUUCAUGGAGGUGCCGGCUCGGGCCCCACAGUGUGUUCUGGGCUACACCGAGUUCCCAGCCGAACGCGCCUACGUGGUGAUGCUGGUGAUAGCCGUGUUCUUCGCGCCCUUCGGCGUCAUGUUGUGCUCCUAUCUGUGCAUCCUCAACACGGUGCGGAAGAAUGCCGUCCGCGUGCACAACCAGUCAGACAGCCUGGACCUCAAACAGUUGUCCAAGGAUGGCCGGAGAAAGAUCCGGCGGCAGCAGCAGCAGGUCAGCCUGGACCUGAGCUUCAAAACCAAGGCCUUCACCACCAUCCUCAUCCUCUUCGUGGGCUUUUCGCUGUGCUGGCUGCCCCACUCCGUCUAUAGCCUGCUGUCUGCGUUCAGUCGGCGGUUCUAUUACAGCGCCUCCUUCUACACCACCAGCACGUGCGUCCUGUGGCUCAGUUACCUCAAGUCGGUCUUCAACCCCAUCGUCUACUGCUGGAGGAUCAAGAAAUUCCGGGAGGCCUGCAUAGAGUUACUUCCCCAAACUUUCCAGAUCCUCCCUAAAGUGCCUGAGCGGAUCCAGAGGAGAAUCCAGCCGAGCACCGUCUAUGUGUGCAACGAAAACCAAUCCACCGUCUAG